AUGCUCAGGCAGCAGCAGGCAGCGCUGCUGCGUGCGGCCCACUUGGGCCCCGCGGCCUGCCAGGGCUCGGGACUGGCAGCAGGCUAUUGGCGGUCGCAGUCCAGCCAGGCGGCACCAGCCGACAGCCCUGUCGGCCCAGUGCUGCCCCCGUUCGACUAUGUCCCCCCCAAGUAUACAGGACCCUCGAAGGAGGAGGUGCUGGCCCUGCGCAAGCAAUACCUCAGCCCAGUGAUGAUUGUGGACGGCAAGAUGCAGUACCUGUUUGACGACAAGGGGCGCCGAUACCUGGAUGCCUUUGCGGGCAUCGUGACGGUCAGCGUGGGUCACUGCCACCCAGAGGUCAACCGCGCGGUCAUCGAGCAGACGCAGCGCCUGCAGCACACCACCACCAUCUACCUGCACAACCAGGUGGCGGAGUAUGGCAAGGAGCUCACUGACCGCAUGCCGGGCAACCUCAAGGUCGCCUACUUUGUCAACAGCGGCAGCGAGGCCAACGACAUGGCCAUGAUGAUGGCUCGCCUGGCCACAGGCAACCACGACCUUGUCUGCCUGCGCAACGCAUACCACGGCCUGUCGGAGGCCACCAUGGGCCUGCUGGGGCAGCACACCUGGAAGUUCCCGGUGCCGCAGGGGCUGGGCGUGCACCACGCGCUCAACCCCAACCCCUACCGCGGCGCCUGGGGCAACGACGGGCCCAAGUACGCCGCUGACGUGGCAGACCUCAUCCAGGCCGCCACCCCCGGCAUCGGCAAUGGGCUGCCGCUGGCGGCGGUGGUCACAACCCCCGAGAUCGCCGCCGUCAUGGCCGCACGCCUGCACUUCAACACCUACGGUGGCAACCCGGUGUCGAGCGCGGCGGGGCGCGCCGUGCUGCGGGUGAUUGAUGAGGAGGGGCUGCAGGAGAACUGCGCCCAAGUGGGAGGGUACCUGCUGGAUGAGCUGAGGCGGCUGCAGGGCAAGCACGACAUCAUCGGCGACGUGCGGGGCCGGGGGCUGAUGGUGGGCGUGGAGAUGGAGCCUGCCGUGGCGGAGGUGGCGCAAGUGUUUGAGCGGUGCAAGGACCUUGGCGUGCUGCUGGGCAAGGGAGGCCUGCACGGCAACGCCUUCCGCAUCAAGCCGCCCAUGUGCUGGACCAAGGCCGACGUCGACUUCCUCAUCGCCGCGUUCGACCAGGCGCUCAACGAGCUGUGA